CAAAGCGCCUGAAGUCAUCCGACUCAAGAUGGCUGAACCCGGGCCGGGCACCCACAUGUGGACAAAUCAGGAGGAGGCUGAUGGUGCUGGAGAGAUGGAUGGCCAAGGCAGGGUGGGAGGGGGAGGCUAAGCCCGAGUCCCGGCCGGCGCUAGGACCGGGUGCCCGAGCAGGCGGAGCCUCCGCUCCUCGCCCGUCUGCCCGCCCGGCUCCCUCACUCUCUGCUCCUGCUGCAGUGUCUCCCAGGCAGGCAGGCAGGCGGGCGGCCUGUCUCUAUCCGACCGCGGCUCACUUGCUGCCCCCCGCUUAACCCCAAAGCAGCAUCCCCAUCGCCGCCGGCAUGGCUGGCGUCAGCUUCAGCGUGAACCGCCUGGAGCUACUGGCCUCGUAUCAGGAGGUGAUCGGGGAAGACAGCCCCACUGACUGGGCUUUGUACACCUAUGAAGAUGACUCUGACAACCUGAAACUGGCUGCCUCCGGAACUGGUGGCCUGCAAGAGCUCUCCAGCCAUUUUGAGAAUCAGAAGGUGAUGUACGGAUUCUGCAGUGUCAAAGACCCCCAGGCCACCCUACCUAAAUACGUUCUCGUUAACUGGGUGGGAGAAGAUGUAGCUGAUGCCCGCAAGUGUGCCUGUGCUAGCCACGUGGCCAAGGUUGCAGAGUUUUUCCAGGGUGUGGAUGUAAUUGUCAAUGCUAGCAGCGUGGAGGACAUUGACCCAGGAGCCAUCGGGCAGCGGCUCUCCAAUGGCCUGGCCCGCGUCGCCAGCCCAGUGCUGCACCGCCUUCGCUUGCGCGAGGACGAGAACACCCAGCCGGUGGGCACAACCUAUCAGAAAACUGAUGCAGCUGUGGAGAUGAAACGACUCAACCGGGAGCAAUUUUGGGAGCAGGCCAAGAAAGAAGAGGAGCUGCGCAAAGAGGAGGAGCGAAAGAAAGCCCUGGAUGAGCGGCUGCGCUUUGAGCAAGAGCGCAUGGAGCAAGAGAGGCAGGAGCAGGAGGAGCGUGAGAAGCGCUACCGGGAGCGGGAGGAGCAGAUUGAGGAGCACAGGCGGAAGCAGCAGAGCCUGGAGGCAGAGGAGGCCAAGCAGCGGUUGAAGGAGCCAUCCAUCUUUGGGGAGCAGGAGGACGAGGAAGACAGGCAACAGCCCAAAAAGUCUGAGUCAGAGGUGGAGGAGGCGGCCGCCAUCAUUGCUCAGCGGCCCGAGAACCCCCGCGAGUUCUUCAGGCAGCAGGAGCGAGUGGCUUCAGCCAGUUCAGAGACACCCCCACCCGUCAACAGAACAGCAGGUCGUCUGCACUGUCCUUUCAUAAAGGCACCUGACAGUGGGCCGCCUUCCUCCUCCUCUUCCUCCUCCUCCCCUCCACGGACUCCCUUCCCCUAUAUCACUUGUCACCGCACACCAAACCUCUCCUCCUUCUUCCCAUGCAGCCAGACGGAAAUGCACAGAAAGGCCUCUGCCUCCACCAGCAGCCCCUGUGACUCCAGUACAGCCUCGACACCUGUGGGCGAGCAGAUUGACCGUGCCCUGGAUGAAGUAACGCAGCAGCAGGGUGCCUUGAAAGACUCCUCCAGCCCAAGCAGUGAGGAGACCGCCGUGGCCUCUGCAAUGAACUGGGCUCCUCCCAGUGUGGAGCAGCCAGUGGAGAAGGCAGAAGAGCCUCCUGGGGCCUCCGCCUGGCAGGGAGCUGACUGGACAGAGCCACAAGUGCAAGGCGGGGCUGGCCCCACAGAGGACCUGGUGUCCCCAGAGUCCAAGGAGGAGCCUCUGUUCCCAGAAGCCCCACCUCCCAAAGAAGAGCUGCUGUUCCCUGCAGCCCCGCUGCCCAUGCAGAGCGAGGGGGUCCUGGAUCUGGGAGAGGCCUUUGGGUUUUCCCAGCCGCCUGCUCCCCCGUCAGAGAACAUCCUUGACCUGUGGCAGAAUGACAGCACUGCCGUGGAGCCCACCCCUCCGGAUGCCUGGGAGCUCCAGGGUGGGCCCCCCACCCCUGCCCCGUGGGACCUUCACGAUGGGCCUCCCGCCCCUGCCCCCAUGCUGGUGGAGGUGGACGUCCCCCCAGGGGCACCAGAGCCCCCAUCCUCAGCUGGCCUCGCUGAAGAUAACCUGCUGAACUUCAAUGACCUGCCCGAGCCCCCGGCCACCUUCUGCGAUGCGGAGCAGGACGAAGAGCCCGCCAGCAUCAUCGCCAUUGAGGGGCUCCAUCAGAUGACGCUCAGCUAUCAGCAUGCCCUGCAGGAAGCCUCCGGGGUUUCCCAGGAGCCCCAGCUGCUCACCAAUGGGGAGACUGCUCAGAAGGAAAGCACGCAGACCAGUGAAGGUUAUUUCAGCCAAUCCCAAGAUGAAGACUUCAACCAAUCAGAAGAACCAUCGGCUAAAGCUCCUCCUCCAGUGUUCUACAACAAGCCCCCAGAGAUUGAUAUCACCUGUUGGGAUGCUGACCCAGUGCCAGAAGAUGAGGAGAGCUUCGGGGGCAGCGUUUAAGGCCAGCUCCCAUGUCCAGUCCUGUAUCCCGCACCCAGCAAGCCCAGCGUGUGCAAGCCUGGAGCAACCGCAGCGAGGGCCUGGUGCCUGCUUGCUCUGUAUUGUAGCCCUGCGGUCCAAGGCCUCCGAUUGUACCCCAGCCAAAUAGGAUGUUCUCCGUGGUACUCCGGGGUAACUUUUCCAGCGCGCGCUCCUUCUCUUUCUCUCUCUCUCUCUCUUUUUCUAAUGUUGUCAAAUAGAAGACGUGUAAAUCUGCCUGGUCCCCUCUUUGUUGGUAGCUCCCCUGCAGCCCCCUACCCUAUUGCCUCUGCCCACUGGGGUUUUUCGACCCUCCCUCCAUUGCCAUGUAUGCCAUCUGGGUUGAUCUCCUGCGUGUGCUGCUCUUUGCGGGUGGACAGGGAGGGGCCUUUCCUCCUCUCAGACUCUGCCCAGAGUUUUGAGUAUUUUGCACGGAUCUAAAAUAAAAAAAUAUAUAUGGCAAUAAAAAUGGCCCUGUGUGGGCAAGGCUCUGGCUCCCACCCCCUUCCCCUUCUCCAUUUGGUUCCCUAGACACCCAAUCCCCAGGAAGUGACAAGAGCCCUGCCCAGCUCUGGGCUCCAGCAGGAGUUAGCAGCAAGGAACUUCAACUCCACGGCCCUGUGUUGGAGAGCAAAGCCCACUCCAGACCCUUCUCCCUAGGCCUUUAUUUGCCCUGGGAGCCUGGGACAAGGGGAGACUCGGGGUGAGCUUCCCCCUCCCUCUUUCCUCGCCCUCUUUCCUCUUCCAUUCCAUGCUUGGUUUCCUUUCUCUCACGUACAGUAAUUGUUUUUUUGAAAGCACAAAUCCUGUAACAGCAAUGUGCUUAUGUAUGUUAAUAAAUAAAUUGAUUCCAAGCAGGGCA